AUGCCGUCGGCAAAAAAGAAACGGGAUGUUAUGUUUGAGGACGAUGAUCUCCCAUAUGAGGAGGAGAUUAUCAGAAAUCCAUAUUCAGUCAAGUGCUGGAUGCGUUACAUCGAGUUCAAACAGAAUGCGCCCAAAACGGUCCUCAAUAUGAUCUAUGAACGGGCUCUGAAAGAGUUGCCUGGAAGUUAUAAACUAUGGUACAAUUACCUGAGGGAAAGGAGGAAACAAGUCAAAGGGAAAUGUAUCAAUGAACCAGUGUUUGAAGAAAUUAACAACUGCCAUGAAAGAGCGCUGGUGUUCAUGCACAAGAUGCCCAGGAUAUGGACCGAUUAUUGCCUGUUCCUAGUGUCGCAGUGCGAGAUCACAAGGAGUCGGCGAUCAUUUGACCGUGCGCUCCGAGCUCUUCCUGUUACUCAGCAUCCACGUAUCUGGCCUCUCUAUCUUCGCUUUGUCCGAAGCUUACCCCUGCCUGAGACGGCCAUACGAGUCUACCGCAGAUACCUUAAGCUUUCCCCAGAGAAUACAGAGGAAUACAUUGAGUACUUAAAAUCUGUUGGCCGCUUGGAUGAAGCUGCUGUACGUCUAGCGGCUGUAGUCAAUGACGAAAGCUUUGUGUCCAAAGAAGGCAAGUCUAACUACCAGUUGUGGCACGAGUUAUGCGACCUGAUUUCUCAGAACCCUGACAAGGUGACUUCUCUAAAUGUUGGCGCCAUCAUCCGAGGCGGGCUUACUCGCUUUACGGACCAGCUUGGCAAGCUUUGGUGCUCCUUAGCGGAUUAUUACAUCAGAAGUGGCCUCUUUGAAAAGGCCCGUGAUGUGUAUGAGGAGGCUAUUCUUACUGUGGUAACUGUCAGGGAUUUCACGCAAGUCUUUGACAGUUACGCCCAAUUUGAGGAGAGCAUGAUUGCAGCCAAGAUGGAGACCACCUCCGAGAUGGGCCAGGACGAAGAAGAUGAUAUCGACCUGGAGCUUCGACUCGCCCGCUUUGAGGAGCUGAUAACACGGCGGCCUCUUCUUCUCAACAGUGUGCUGUUGCGCCAGAACCCUCACAAUGUCCAUGAAUGGCACAAACGUGUAAAACUGUACGAGGGCAUUCCACGACAGAUCAUCAACACUUACACAGAGGCUGUGCAGACUGUCGAUGCCAUAAAGGCCACUGGGAAGCCCCACACACUCUGGGUCACUUUUGCAAAAUUCUACGAGGACAAUGAGCAGCUGGAUGAUGCCAGGACCAUAUUUGAGAAGGCCACCAAGGUGAACUACAAGCAGGUGGACGACCUGGCCACGGUUUGGUGUGAGUAUGGCGAGAUGGAACUCCGGCACGAAAACUACGACCAGGCACUGAGGAUACUGAGGAAAGCCACAGCCAUCCCAUCCAAGAAGGCCGAGUACUUUGAUGCCUCUGAGCCAGUCCAAAAUAGAGUCUACAAGUCUUUGAAGGUCUGGUCCAUGUUGGCAGACUUGGAAGAGAGUCUUGGCACAUUCCAGUCCACAAAAGCGGUGUACGACCGCAUUAUUGACCUGCGUAUCGCCACGCCACAGAUUGUCAUCAACUACGCCAUGUUCCUCGAAGAGCACAAAUACUUUGAGGAGAGCUUCAAAGCGUACGAGCGUGGCAUCGCCCUCUUCAAGUGGCCAAACGUUUACGACAUCUGGAACACUUACCUCACCAAGUUCAUUGACCGAUACGGAGGCAAAAAGCUGGAGCGAGCCCGAGAUCUCUUCGAGCAAGCUCUCGACGGCUGCCCCGCUAAAUUUGCCAAGACCAUCUACCUUCUCUAUGCCAAGCUGGAGGAGGAGUACGGACUGGCUCGUCACGCCAUGGCUGUUUACGAAAGAGCGACGCAGGCGGUGGAAAAUGAGGAGCGACACCAGAUGUUCAAUAUCUACAUCAAGAGAGCGGCUGAAAUAUAUGGCGUCACGUACACCAGGGCCAUUUACCAGAAGGCUAUUGAGGUUCUCCCUGAUGAGCAUUCCAGGGACAUGUGCUUGCGAUUCGCCGACAUGGAGAGCAAACUUGGUGAAAUCGAUCGGGCCAGAGCUAUCUAUGCUUACUGCUCUCAGAUCUGCGACCCCAGGGUCACUGCUGUAUUCUGGCAGACGUGGAAAGAAUUUGAGAUCCGCCAUGGAAACGAGGACACCAUUAGAGAGAUGCUCCGACUCAAGCGCAGCGUGCAGGCCACGUACAAUACUCAGGUCAACUUCAUGUCAUCUCAGAUGCUGAAGGCCACUACAAGCUCUACAGGCACCGUGUCUGAUCUUGCUCCAGGCCAGUUGGGAAUUGACGACAUGAAGAUGUUGGAGCAGAAAGCGCAGCAGCUUGCAGCAGAGGCAGAGCAGGAUAAAACCAAGCCAAAAGAAAAGAUUCUCUUUAUUAGGAGUGACACAUCUCGCAGCGAGUUGGCUGAGCUGGCCAAACAAGCCAAUCCCGAUGAGAUCGAUAUUGAUGACGAGGAUGAUGGGCAAGGCCCGGAGGAAGUCCAGCUGGAACAGAAGAGCGUUCCCACCGCUGUCUAUGGAGGUCUGAAAGAUGAUUGAGCAACUUCUCAAGAACACUUAGUGACUUUUGUAACAUUGUAGUCCUUUUUAACCUCACGUCAUAAAAGAUACAUUUGUGAAUUUGUAUAAAUUCUUGCAUUCACUGAUGAGAAUUUUGAUGACCGCAUGGCUGCCCUUCAUACUUUGCCUGGAGAAAGUAACAUGCAUUUUGGGGUGAUGACCACAGUGGGUCAGGCUUUCUCAAGUAUGUGAUAGCAGGUCGUGCAAUUGGGCAGGUGAAUAGUUUGGGUUCGUGGAAUUUUGUCAUAGUGUUUUGUUAAAAAUUCUGUCCUUAAUCAAAGAAAUAACAUUUGUACUUGUAUUGUCAUAUGUAACAGGAAUUGUAAUAUUACCUUGAAUUGAUUAAAUUUGUGUAAUUGUUUAACCAAA